AUGGUUUACAAUUCAUCCGACCCUAUCUACCUGUACAUCCUCGCAGCUAGGAAUAGCGGCACUUGUAUCGACUACAUCGAUGGCUACGAACCAUCCUACGGCUACGUUCCCUCGCUGGGUGUUGGUAUCACCUUCCUCGUACUUUUCGGACUAUCGGCGUUAGUGCACUUGGUGCAGAUGUGUUGGAAGCGAACAUGGUGGACCUCCGUAUUCGUCAUCGGAGCAAUUGCCGAGAUAUUGGGUUGGUCAGCCCGAACCUGGUCCGCCCGCUGCCCAUACUCCUCCACCGCGUUCCUCAUGCAGAUCUCUACACUCAUCAUCGCUCCCACAUUCUUCACCGCCGGGAUCUACAUCAUCCUCGGUCGACUCAUCACCCUGGCCUCCUCUAACGCCUAUUCUGGAGAGAAGAAAAAGUUAUCGAUCAUCACACCCAAGAUGUACCUCUGGAUCUUCUGCACCUGCGACAUCCUCUCCCUCGUCAUCCAAGCCAUCGGAGGCGGCAUGGCAUCCGGUGAAUCCAACAAAGUCGGUGGGGAUACAAAGCCGGGGACGGAUGUCAUGGUUGCUGGUAUCGUCUUCCAACUCGCCACGAUAACGAUUUUCUGUUACUUUUUCGUUGACUUCCUCCUCCGUUCGCAGCGCGUGUCUUCAUCGAUUUUUGGGAGGAGUAGGUGGAUUGUGGGGGCGACGGUCUUGUCUGUGGUAACGAUCUACAUCCGCUCCAUCUACCGCACGAUCGAACUCGUGCAGGGGUGGGAUGGGUAUCUAAUCACCAGGGAACGGUAUUUCGGGGGGUUGGAUGGGGCGAUGAUGGUCAUUGCUGUGGGCGUGUUUAAUUGUGUGCAUCCGGGGUGGGCACUUCCCAAAGCGCAUAGCUCGGCGGAGGGGAUGGAUGAGAUCGUUAUGGUGAGUGAGAGGGAGGGGGAGAAAGCUUAGAGCGUGAGGUCGGAAUACGUCUGGGUGGUUUCUUCUAUUUUGGAUCUGUUGGUGGGAUUUGUGCCAAGGGAUGGUUUUGAAAACAUAUCCUAGAGCUGAUUUACGCUCAAUAUACCAUUUUGUUUGGA